AUGAGCGCGUUACAUAUCAUCGAAGAGAACACCACUCCGAAUGCUGCUGCAUUGGAUUCUUCCGCGAGGAAAAGGCAGAGAGUCGCGCAAAAACCAUCAACGACGACAACAUCGCCAUCGUCUUUGAAUUUAAAUAAUUUCAAAAAUCUUUCUCAACAGAAAACAGCACUGGAAGUGUACGAGGACGAGGAAGACGGAGAUAAGGAAAACAGAAAUCCGAACCUGCCAUCGAACAAUAGAAGAUACAAUAGUAACAGUGGCGCGAACGACGAUUUAGGAGGAAACGAUCAGAUGAAGAAGAUGAAGUCGUCGAAUGUGAACGUGGUGAUGGAUGAUUUUGAAGAGGCUACAAAAGUGAACACGAAAAUUUUUAAAGAGAAGAAAACAUCGGCGCCGCGAGCACCGUUCGUCGCGAAACUUUACUCAUCCUUACCAACGAGCAGAGUAGUACUGGGUGACAUCACGCGAAAUCACUCGCCGAACCGUCUCGCUCCGGGGAAGUAUCGCAUUGGGCCGAAUUCUUCUUCGAGCGGGCAACAAAAACGUAGCGAAGGCGACACGACUACUAACAGAACCUCAAUUCUCAAAGUCCGUUGA